GUGGAGUUAAUACGUUGUUGUUUGUUUCUGUUACAGGAAAUCUACGCGAUUCCGGCACAUGGAAACAUUAGCCACCUCUUAUAUAAAACAUCUUACAUUGGCUGCGGAAUAUCAUUAGCCUGUCUAUUACUCACAGUAAUAUUUUAUGUUUGUUCCAAAUAUCUUAGGAAAUUAAUGGCUUCAAAGAUUUUAAUAAACAUGUGCAUUUCUUUGGCUGUCUCUAAUGUUAUCUUUCUUGCUGGGAUGCAGCCAUAUGCCUCAGAAAUAACUGCUUGUAAGACGGUGGCUGCUCUGUUACACUUCUUCAUUCUGACAUCUCUAAUGUGGACGGCUGUUGAAGCCCUUCAUAUCUUCGUGCGUAUGCCAUCUUCUACGAUAAAGAGUUCAAUUGUGGCGUGGGGUAAGUAGCUGAAAUGAGUUGGA